UUCAAUAUAAAUACCGUGACAAUGAGUAAGACACCAGUGCUCAUUAUUUUGUUGAAAAUCAACAGAAUCAAAUAGUGCUAAACACAUCAAGUCGUCCGAAAUGGCCGCAAAACUGAUCGUCCUCGUCGCUUGCGCAACCUUUGCUAUGUCCCAGUACGCCGCACCUGCCUACAAGCCCGUGGCCUACCCGUCAGCGCUCGCUUACCCGGAGCCCAAGGCAUACGCGCCCGAACCCGCCUACCCGCCGAUCCCGUAUAGCUUCGAGUACUCCGUGAACGACCCGAGCACGUACGACGUGAAAAGCCAAGCUGAGUACAGCGACGGCAAGACGGUGAAGGGAUACUACAGCCUGGUCGAGGCUGACGGCACCAAGAGGAUCGUCGAGUACACCGCCGACGACUACGGUUUCAACGCCGAAGUCAAGAAAGAAGGCUCUCCAUCUUACGCACCCGCCGCACCCGUCUACAAGCCCGCGCCAGCGUACAAACCGGCCCCGUACAAGGCAUACUAAUGUCAUAAAUAAUUUACUAUCAAAUCGAAUCCUCGUCAUCGCCAUCAUAUCUAUAAGCUGUGUUCUGUCUUCGAUGUAUUUAUUUUAUAAAUAAAUAGAUUAUCAUAAAAUUCAA